AUGACUGUCUCGAAAGCUGAAUUCUAUCCAGGCUUCCACAAAUCUCAAAUCCUUGAAAUAAAUUCUACCCUCAAUUCCAGGAUGCUGUCCACCCGUUUCAGCAAGCUCAAUUUAACUGUCUUCAUUGCGCUCAGCCUCGUUCUCAUCCAUAACACUGGCGCAGUCGCCGCGCCUAUACCUGAGCCUGCUGUGGCCCAGUCCCUGACCCUUGCGGCGUCAAGGGCGCAAGACGCGGAGGCGUGGUCAUGGCCGUGGGCUACCACUGAUGAAGACCCACUUGCCGAUGAUCAGAGUCAGAGCCAACAAAGUCACGGUGUGUUGCUGCGCCGCCAGGAUGAUGGAGAAAGUGGAGAAAAUGGAAUAGCUGACGCACGGGAAAUUGAGGAUAUUGAAGAGGAUGCCAAGACGAAGCCAUCCAGCAGGAAAUCGACGGAUAGGUCCAAUUCGAAGGAUAAGUCCGAGAAGUCUAAGGACAAAUUGGACAAGAAAUCAGACAAGGAGAAACCGACCUCUAAGUCCAAGUCCAAAUCCAAGGGUAAGGGGUCCUCAAAAAGUGACGAAUCGAAAGGAGGACUUGACCUUUCUGACCCAUUUGAGGACCUCAAAGCAGGCGCGUCCAUUGCAAGCAUAGCGGAUAUUGCAAGUGACGCACUUCCUGAGGCUGCAGAGUUGCUCGCUCUCAGAGAGGAAGACAAGUCAAAGCCCAAGAAAUCAGAUAAAUCAUCCAAGUCAGAUAGGCAGUCAAAGGAUAGCAAGGAACAAAAGACCAAGAAGCUUAGCAGCAAGACCACGUCGUCAUCUAAGGGCAGUGUCGACGAGGAUAUCUCUAUCGGCGGCGUAGACCUGUCCAACCCCGUCAAAGACCUGGAAGGUGUGUCUGAUAUCGGCGAAAUAGGAAAAUUUGCCUCCACGCUGUUUGGGCGCGAUACCGGUGAGGAAGACAAAAGGAAGAAAGGCAAAAAUGUAAUGAAAGUGGACGAGGAAAUGAAAGUCUUAAAGAAGCACAAGAAGUUGGAGAAGGAGGUUGUUGAUGAGGCGCCUAUGGAUGCUACAGCCUCUGCCCAAAGCAACGCCGGGACUGAUGUUGCUAUUGGUGGGACUACCAUUGCGACUAUCAAAAAUAUUACUCCAGAUAACGGCGACGACGACAGUGCUUGA